CCUUAUUGUGUUCUACCUCCCCCGCCGCGCUAUCCCAAUGGCAAUCUAUACACGGGAAUGCCUGGCUCAGGCCCACUGUUGGAAACGAACAACACCCUCGAACAUCCUACUGGUCCCGAUUACCAGCUCGUGCUGGGAGAGGGCACAUACACCUUGAAGGACGACCUGCAUCUUGCGACUCCACCGCCACAUCCCAGCGAUGCGCCUCAACCAAACAACAACCCUCUCGCAACCACCAUCGGCCCUCCUACCGCCGGCGUGAAGCUGUCCGUCGCGGUGCUUGCGCCCCGGAACCCGCCAUCGCAGAAUCUCUUCCGUGCGGCGACGAAACAGAGCAGGCGAUCAAAUAUCCCGCCAAGCAUAGCAGAAGAGGCGCAAAGUCCCAAGAGUGACGCUGGCUCCACCGCGAACGGCUUUGGCUCUGCAGGAUACUACAGUCACAGCUCGUCCUUUGGAGACAGCAAUCCCGCGUUGGCACCUCUUCCCACCAAAGGCAACAAGAAAGAUCAGAGAGCAAAGCCUAAGAACAACAUCAUAAAGUCGAACUCGUCGUACGUCAGCCGAGUGAUACCGCACGAAGCACUACAGAAACGGCUCAACGAUCGAUCGGCGGAAGGACUGCUUGCUUUCGCCAAUGUCAACCGUGCAUUUGUGUGGCUGGAUUUGUCGUCUGACAUCAAGACAGAGAAUCUGACGAAAGUGCUGUUCACCAAAGCUCAUGCAUUGUGCCAUGACCUGAACCCUGUGACCAAAUCCAGUAAUCAUCUCGAUCUCGUACUAGGCUUGAACACUUCAGACAUCAUAUGGUACGAACCAAUGUCGCAGAAGUAUGCUCGUCUCAACAAGAAUGGCAUGAUCAACUCAUCUGCCGUAUCUUCGAUAGCCUGGAUGCCGAACAAGGAGAACUUGUUCAUCGCAGCGCAUAUGGAUGGCUCACUUGUGGUGUACGACAAGGAGAAAGAAGAUGUGGAUUUUGUCCCCGAGGAGAGCUCACCCGUAGAGAACGGAAAUGGCCACACGGAUGGUGGCAAUGGAGUUGCCGCGCAGACCAAUUUCCGGGUCCAGAAGUCUGUGCAGUCGCAGAAUCAGAAGUCCAAUCCCGUGGCAUCUUGGAGAGUCUCGAACAUGAAGCUUAACGACAUGUCAUUUUCGCCCGAUGGCCAACUUCUAGCCGUGGUCAGUGACGAUGGAUCUUUAACCAUCCUGGAUUACAUCCAAGAGCGUGUCCUGGACGUCUUUCGCUCAUAUUAUGGUGCGAUGCUUUGCGUUACGUGGUCACCAGAUGGCCGAUAUGUACUCACGGGAGGACAGGACGAUCUUAUCAGUAUCUGGUCGUUAGCAGAUCACGCUUUGGUUGCGCGCUGUGUUGGCCAUCACUCCUGGGUGACUGAUGUCAAGUUUGACCCAUGGCGCUGUGACGAGCGUAACUAUCGCUUUGGCAGCGUUGGGGAUGAUUGUCGCUUACUGCUUUGGGACUUCUCUGUUGGCAUGCUAGGACGUCCAAAAGCUAUGCGUGCCAGAGGCAGCAUGUCAUCGGCCUUCCCGCCCGACGGGAGAAAGCAAAGCAUUACGACAGUCAAUCGAUUCAGAAGUGAUUCGAACCUUACACAGACCCAGACUGGAGAGACCGAGGGAGGGGGAGAAGACGUCGCGCAUGCAGUCGAUGCAAAGGCAACAGUGCCUGUGCUUCCGCCUGUAAUGAACAAAGGCAUUGACGAACACCCGUUGUGCUGGCUUGGAUUCGAAGAAAGUUGCAUCCUUACAAGUUGCAAAGAUGGGCAUGUGCGCGAAUGGGAUCGUCCUACCGAGAAUGGAGCAUAG